UUGGAGUUACAGUCCGGUAAUGAUGACAACACUAGGAAAACAUCGGUUCGAUGGAGUGGAACGAUGAGAGUACAACUAUGAUUCGUCAAGUCCGUCGUUAGGCAUAUGGUGAUAAGUUAGAGGAAGUCAUACAGCCGACUCGCAAUGAAGAGCGGCAUUUUUUCGUUGGACAGCGCAGACAGCAUGCUUCGUGCGCGAAUGCCUGAACACCGUCAUCCAGGUCGAGCGUCCAGUCGGGGAGAUGACGCUUCAUGGGGCGGUCCUGGAGGGUCGCGGCGUUCUCCAUUGUUUCUCCGACGGCAAAGGAAGGGCUCGGGAACAUGGUCGGAAGCCUCAGACCAGUCAGGUCCAGCUCCCUGUCGGCCGAGUAGACCUGGGACCUCUCGUGCAUCUCGCGCACGAAGUUCAACACAAGCGCCUCGCUGAUCAGCGAGGCGGGCCUCACAUCCUCCUCCUCCUUAUCCUCGUCCUCGUCGACCAAGUCCAUCCUUCCACGAGGGUUCUCCUGCGGGCCUCGGGCCCUCCGAGGGGGAACACGAGCAAAGGGGUCAUCAGAAACCCCUGUGGCUUCGUACGCCCCAUCCUUCCCCUUGCGACCGUUGGACUGGGCCGCCAUGCGCGGCUUCUUGGGGCUCCUGGGGGCCUGAGGCACCUCCGCAGAAUCGGGGUCCGUCAUGGACAUUUUGCGCGGGCGAAGGUUCGCGGGGAGAGGCUGGAACUUCUUCUGGGACGCGGCGACCGCGUCGGCGGCCAUUCUCUUCAUGUCCUCGAGGGACUCGAAGUCGUGCAUGGAAUGCUCGAACGUGAACUCGUGGUCCUCCUCCGCGAUGGCAACACCGCCGCUGUUGCUGAUCGUCGAGAGAGCCCGUUGACGCGUUUCGGGGGUCGCAGGCCCCGCGCUCUCCUCAGAAGACAUCGAAGAUCGUGGGCUGGUAAGGGAAGUGGCCGUGGACCAGGACUUGGUCGGAGAAGGGGGCAGCUCUUGGGCGAGGGAGUGGAAGUCCUUGGACACCAGUCGCGCGAAGAAGUUCUGGAGGCGAGCGCGCUCGGUUGUGUUCAUGUUGGAGGUGCUCAUGAUAUUUAAGAGGAAGAGGAUAGGUGUCAAAGCGUUGGAGCAGGGUAUUUAUGCGUUCGUGGAAGUGUGGCUUCGCGCCGCGAACGCACACUCACGUGAGCGUGCCACGCAGAAUACAAGGUGGUCCACGGCCCAAAUGGGAAUGGUCGCUAGCAGCCACAGGAUCGAUAGUGCGUAUCUAUGAUUUGGUAGCUUUCCAUUGUUCUCCAUUCCGGGAACGUCCGCUGGCCCAGCAAAGCAAAAAUUAUUUCACUGACAGACUAUCCUAUCCGUUGGCGAGCAUACAGUACUGUAACUCACGAUAAUUGGGAUGAAGGUAU